AUGUAUCAUUUGGUAACUCUUUUAUUUAUGAUAUUAAGUGUCAAAGGGACUUUUACUUCAAAAGGAGUGGACUACUGCCUUCUUUCGGAUAGUGAAAUAGGUGCAACAGUUUGUCAUGUGCGAACACUUGAUACCGGCGGAUCUAGCUUAGAUUCGGCUACAGAUAACACAAAGCAGCUUUCAAUAGUAUGCAACCAGCUGCUAUUUUUUGAAAGCUUCCUUGAAGCUAACUAUUUUCAAAGAUUUGCAACACUUGGAGAACUGGCUCUUCAGAAUUGUAAACUGCUCAAAAUACCAGGCAACGCGUUUGAAGGAUUACGUGAUUUGAAAAAGUUGUCGAUUCGAACUAAAAACUACGACUGGAGCCCGAAUAAAAACUUAGAACUUUCUCUUGGAACUUUCAACGGGUUGAAAGAACUCCAAGUACUAGAUCUAGGUACAAAUAAUUUAAAAGCUAUACCACCGGAAGUGUUUUGUCCUCUUGACAACUUGCAAGUGUUAAAUGUAACGUUUAAUAAAUUAAAAAGCAUCGAUCGGAUUGGUUUUGGAAAAAAUUGCGGUUCGGGGUUAACAAGUUUAGAUUUAAGCUACAAUGAACUUAAAUCCUUGAGCGAUGAAAGUGAAAUUUCAGGACUCAGAAGACUUCAGGAGUUGCGACUUCAACAUAAUAAUAUAACAGAUAUAUCAGGGGAAAUAUUAAAUGGAUUUACUGCAUUAAGAAUAUUAAAUAUCUCAAAUAACUAUCUCCACUCUAUACCCGAGGGAACGUUCACUAACACAAAAGAGUUGCGAGAAGUCUACUUGAAUAAUAAUUUACUAUAUGAACUAGCUAGAGGCGUUUUUCACCGAUUAGACCAGCUGCUUGUCUUAGAUUUAUCGAAUAAUCUGCUUUCGAGUGCUCAUAUUGAUGGUGGAACAUUUAUUGGUCUUAUACGCUUAGUCAUCUUGAAUUUAUCCAAUAACGCCUUGACGAGGAUUGAUGGUAAAACGUUUAAAGAUUUAUUCUUUUUACAAAUUUUAGAUUUAAGGAACAAUUCUAUAGGAUAUAUUGAAGAGAAUACUUUUUUGCCUUUGUAUAAUUUGCAUACUUUAAAUUUAGCGGAAAACCGCUUACACACUAUAGACGAGUUCCUUUUUAAUGGAUUGUUUGUUUUAAGUAAAUUAAAUUUAAAUAAUAAUCUUCUAAUAAAUAUUCACCCAAAAGCAUUUAAAAACUGUUCUGAUUUAAAAGAGUUAGAUUUAAGUUCAAAUCAACUUACAAAAGUCCCAUCUUCUAUUUGGGAGUUAUCAUUGCUGAAAACACUUGAUAUUGGGGAAAAUUUAAUAACAGAAAUUAAAAAUGGAUCUUUUAAAAAUUUGGAUCAAUUAACAGGGUUAAGGUUAAUUGACAAUCAAAUAGGAAAUUUAAGCGUAGGUAUGUUUUGGGACCUGCCCAGUUUACAGGUUCUAAAUUUAGCUAAAAAUAAAAUUCAAUCAGUUGAAAGAGGAACAUUUGAACGUAAUAAACAAUUAGAGGCAAUAAGAUUAGAUGGCAACUUUAUAUCGGAUAUAAACGGUGUGUUUUCAGCAUUGAUGAGCUUGCUUUGGCUUAAUUUGUCAGAAAACCAUUUAAUUUGGUUUGAUUAUGCAUUUUUUCCUGCUAACUUGAAAUGGCUAGACGUACACGGUAAUUUUAUAGAACAUUUAGCUAAUUACUAUAAGCUCCAAAAUGAAAUUAGGAUUAAGACAUUAGAUGUGAGUCAUAAUCGCAUUGUAGAAAUAUCUCCAUUAGCAAUCCCAAAUAGCGUUGAAUUACUGUUCAUAAAUAAUAAUCACAUAAACAGAAUUCAAUUAAACACUUUUAAGGAGAAAGUUAAUCUCACAAGGGUUGACAUUUACGCAAAUGAGAUAUCUCAUUUAGAUAUCAACAGCCUUAGAUUAUUUCCUGUCCCAUUAAAUAAGUCUCUACCAGAGUUUUACAUCGGAGGAAAUCCUUUUGAUUGUGACUGUUCGAUGGAAUGGUUACCUAUGAUAAAUAACAUGACUGCAAUGAGACAACAUCCUAGGAUAAUGGAUCUUGAAAAUGUUUUAUGUAAAAUGACUCAUACUAGAGGAGUUACCCAUAUACCCCUCAGUAAUUUAAAGUCAACCGACUUUUUAUGUACAUAUGAGACCCAUUGCUUCACAUUAUGUCAUUGUUGUGAUUAUGUCGCCUGUGAUUGUCAAAUGACUUGUCCGUAUAAUUGUUCUUGUUACCAUGACCCAACGUGGCAUACUAAUGUAGUUGACUGUUCGAAAAAGCUGGCAAAUGAAAUACCUGAAAAAAUUCCAAUGGAUGCAACCGAAGUCUACUUAGAUGGAAAUGACUUUAAAGAAUUGCAGAAUUAUGCAUUCAUUGGGAGAAAAAAUAUGAGAUCGCUUUACGUUAAUUCUAGUAACAUUGAGAACUUACAUAAUAAAACGUUUGCCGGUUUAUCCUCGCUCGUUAUAUUACAUCUCGGAAAUAAUAAACUAAAAUAUUUAAAGGGAAAUGAGUUUAAAAAUUUAUCGCAACUCAAGGAAUUAUACUUACAAUAUAAUGCCAUAAAUUAUAUAGAAAAUACAACCUUCGUUACAUUGCGAUCCUUAAACAUUUUGAGGCUAGAUGGAAACAGAUUAAUAGAUUUCUCGGUUUGGAGUUUAAUUAAUCCCAAUUUACAUUCAAUUGUAUUAGGGAACAAUAUGUGGUCAUGUAAAUGUAGGUAUUUACAAAAGUUUACCGCAUUCUUAUCCGAAAAUGUUCCUAAAAUUAAGGAUAUAGGAGAUUUAUGGUGUUUGAAUUCAAACAACGGGUCUCCGCAUAAAAGAGAAUUGAGCAUUAAUGGUACAAUUUGCAGCGAUUAUUACGCUGGAGAUUCAGUUAUUGAUAAAAUGUUAGUUUCUAAUUAUAUGCCAAUGAUGGUAACUACAUUAACUGGGAUCAUGCUGAUUAUGCUAAUAAUAUUAACAAUGUUUUUGUUCAGGGACUCAAUUCGCAUAUGGUUUUACACUACCUGUGGAAUAAGAUUAUUGCCUCCUACAGCGUACGACGAUAAUGACAAAUUAUACGAUGCUUACGUAUGCUAUAGUCCCAAAGAUGAUGACUUUGUUAUACAAACGUUGGCUGCGGAGCUAGAAAAUGGGGAGCCAUCAUAUCAUUUAUGCUUGCAUUAUAGAGAUAUACCACGACAUGGAGCAACUUACAUACAACACACGUUACCAUUGCCAGAAGCUGCUGAAGCAUCAAAGCGCAUAUUACUUGUUUUAACAAGAAAUUUUUUGGAGACGGAAUGGUCUCGUUUUGAAUUUCGGCAAACUCUACAUGACAUAUUGAAACCAAGAAUAUAUUCUCUUGUGAUAAUAGAAGACACUUCAGUCCUGCCUGAUGCUGUUUGUGACCCGGAUUUAAGACCAUAUUUAAAAACAGGGUCAAGGAUAAGACUAGAUCAAAAUAAAUUUUGGCCCACCCUUCGCUUUGCAUUGCCAAACAAGAAAAAAAAAACUAAGUCAACUAGCUACAAAAAUAAUUUAAAUUCCUACACUAUGAGAAGUGGUAUACAAAAUGGAACGAUGAGAUCUUUUUCUUUCUCAGAUAAAUCGUACGAUCAAGUUAACGGUGUGAAUUCUGCACCCGAAUUUGUAGAAGGACGCUUACAACAAACACCAUCAACUUAUGGCCACCAAGGUAGACCCCCAUCAGAUCAUAUCUAUUCAUCAAUUGACUCCGACUAUUCUUCACUUGAGCUAGGAGGCAAUAAUCCUAACCGAAGACGAGACUUUAGAAAUUGGCAACCUCCACUUCCUAUUAUUAAUGGACAACACGCAGGUCAUGCUUAUUUAGUCUAG